UCGGCCCGCCUCCGGAGGGGAUGGGAAGUGGCCGAUCCAGUUUGUUCAGGGCGGAUCUGAAAUCGGGGCUGGCGGAGGGAAUGUGGGGAGCCGGAUAGGUUGUGGCGGCUGUGGCAGUAUGGUGGGCCCCAAGGAACAGAGUUGGAUCCCCAAGAUCUUUAAGAAGAAGACGUGCACGACAUUCAUCGCUGACACCGGAGAUACAGGAGGGACCCUGUGCCAGUGUGGGUGUCCCCGGAGUGCCCACCCAUCAGUGGCUGUGGAGGAUGCCUUCGGGGCAGCCAUGGUGACCAGUUGGAACAGUGACUUGCAUACCACGGAGAAGCCCACCGAUGCCUACGGGGAGCUGGACUUCCUGGGUGCCGGCCUCAAGGCCAGCCAAUUCCUCCGGCUGUCUGACCGCACGGACCCAGCCACAGUUUAUAGUCUGGUCACGCGCACAUGGGGCUUCCAGGCCCCGAACCUGGUGGUGUCCGUGUUGGGGGGGUCGGGGGGCCCCGUCCUCCAGACCUGGCUGCAGGACCUUCUGCGAAGAGGGCUUGUGCGGGCCGCGCAGAGCACAGGGGCCUGGAUUGUCACCGGGGGACUGCACGCAGGCAUCGGCCGGCAUGUUGGGGUAGCUGUGCGGGACCACCAGACAGCCAGCACGGGGGCCACCAAGGUGGUGGCCAUGGGCGUGGCCCCAUGGGGUGUGGUUCGCAAUAGAGAGGCCCUCACCAACCCCAAGGGCUCUUUCCCUGCGAGUUACCGGUGGCGUGGCGACCCUGAGGACGGGGUCCAGUUUCCUCUCGAUUACAACUACUCCGCCUUCCUCUUGGUGGAUGAUGGCACCCACGGCCGCCUGGGUGGGGAGAACCGCUUUCGCCUGGGCUUCGAGUCCUGCAUCUCCCGGCAGAAGACGGGCGUGGGAGGGACUGGAAUUGACAUCCCUGUCCUCCUCCUCCUCAUCGAUGGUGAUGAGAAGAUGUUGAAGCGGAUAGAGGACGCCACCCAGGCUCAGCUCCCGUGUCUCCUGGUGGCGGGGUCUGGGGGAGCCGCGGACUGCCUGGCCGAGAUCUUGGAAGACACUCAGGCACCGGGGAAUGGAGCGGGCAGGCGAGGUGACGCCCAAUAUAGGAUUAGGCGUUUCUUCCCCGAUGGGGAUCCCGAGGUCCUGCAGGCCCAGGUGGAGAGGAUCAUGACCCGGAAGGAGCUGCUGACCGUCUAUUCAUCUGACGAUGGCCCUGAGGAAUUUGAGACCGUCGUUUUGAGGGCUCUUGUCAAGGCCUGUGGGAGCUCUGAGGCCUCAGCUUACCUGGACGAGCUGCGUCUGGCUGUGGCCUGGAACCGUGUGGACAUUGCCCAGAGUGAACUCUUCCGGGGUGACAUCCAAUGGCGGUCGGUCCACCUGGAGGCCUCCCUCGAGGACGCCCUCUUGAAUGACCGGCCCGAAUUCGUGCGCUUGCUCAUCUCGCACGGCCUCAGCCUGUGUCACUUCCUGACCCCCACGCGCCUGGCCCACCUGUACAACGCGGCGCCCCCCAGCUCGCUCAUCCGCAGCCUUCUGGACCAGGCGUCACACGGCGCGGGCACCAAAACCCCAAUCUUUAAACCCUCUGCGGAGCCCCGACUCCCUAACGUGGGGCAGGUGCUUCGGAUGCUGCUAGGUGAGAUGUGCGCGCCGAGGUACCACGCCUGGGCCACCGGGGAUCCCCAUCACGACCACGGCUGCAGGGAGAACGACCGUGGCUGCCCGGAGAGCUCACUGCUGCUCUCGGGCAGGGCCACCUCCGAGCUCAUGCUGGACGCCGUCCUCGGGCAGACCCCCUGGAGUGACCUGUUCCUCUGGGCACUGCUACUGAACAGGGCUCAGAUGGCCUUGUACUUCUGGGAGAUAGGCUCCAACGCCGUGGCCUCGGCUCUCGGGGCCUGUUUGCUGCUCCGAGUGCUGGCGCGCCUGGAGUGGGAGGCCGAGGAGGCAGCGCGGAGGAAGGACCUGGCCGCCAAGUUUGAGGGGCUAAGCGUUGAUCUCUUUGGCAAAUGUUACCACAACAGCGAGGAAUGGGCUGCUCGCCUGCUUCUCCGGCGCUGCCCCUUCUGGGGGGAUGCAACCUGCCUGCAGCUGGCCAUGCAGGCCGACGCCCGUGCCUUCUUUGCGCAGGAUGGAGUGCAGUCCCUGCUGACCCAGAAGUGGUGGGGGGAGAUGGACAGCACCACGCCCAUCUGGGCCCUGGUUCUCGCCUUCUUCUGCCCGCCACUCAUCUACACCAACCUCAUCACCUUCAGGAAGUCAGACGAGGAGCCUGCGCAGAAGGACAUGGGGUUGGGCGUGGAUGGGGGUGUCAAUGGGGAAGGGCCAUUCAGGCCGGGAGACCCCCCUGAGAAAGUGCCCUUGGGGGUGUUGAGUCAGCCCAGGCGGAGCGGGUGCUCCCCGCACCUGCGGCGCUGGUCCCAGUUCUGGGGGGCGCCUGUGACGGCUUUCCUGGGCAACGUGGUCAGCUACCUGCUCUUCCUGACACUGUUCGCCCGGGUGCUGCUGGUGGACUUCCGACCCUCGCUGCCCGGAGCGCUGGAGCUGCUGCUGUACUUCUGGGCCUUCACCCUGCUCUGCGAGGAGUUCCGCCAGGGCCUGGGCGGCGGCUGGGGCAGCCUGGCCACCGGAGGGCCCGGGCCGGCCCCCUGCCGGACCCCGCUGCGCCGCCGGCUGCACGUCUACCUCACAGACACCUGGAACCAGUGCGACCUCGUGGCCCUCACCUGCUUCCUCCUGGGCGUGGGCUGCCGGCUGACUCCGGGCCUAUAUGACCUGGGCCGCACUGUCCUCUGCCUCGACUUCAUGAUCUUCACGCUGCGACUGUUGCACAUCUUCACAGUCAAUAAACAGCUGGGGCCCAAGAUCGUCAUUGUCAGCAAGAUGAUGAAGGAUGUGUUCUUCUUCCUGUUCUUCCUCGGCGUGUGGCUGGUUGCCUACGGGGUGGCGACGGAGGGUCUCCUUAGGCCUCAGGACCAAGACCUCCCGAAAAUCCUGCGCCGUGUCUUCUACCGGCCCUACCUGCAGAUCUUCGGACAGAUCCCGCAGGAGGAAAUGGACGUGACCCUCAUGAAGCACACCAACUGCUCAACGGAGGAGGGCUUGUGGGCGCGCCCCUCUGGGGCCCAGGACGGCUACUGCGUCUCCCUUUACGCCAACUGGCUGGUAGUGCUCCUUCUCGUCAUCUUCCUGCUGGUGGCCAACAUCGUACUGGUCAACCUCCUCAUCGCCAUGUUCAGCUACACCUUUGGCAAAGUACAGGGCAACAGCGACCUCUAUUGGAAGGCGCAGCGCUAUAGCCUCAUUCGGGAAUUUCACUCUCGGCCUGCGCUGGCCCCACCCUUCAUCAUUAUCUCGCACCUGCGUCUCCUCAGCCGUCGUUUGUGCAGGCACAGGACCAGCUCGCCAGCGCAUUUUCGUGUUCACCUCCAUAAGGACGAAGAGAGGCGGCUUUUGACGUGGGAAUCGGUGCAGAAGGAGAAUUUCCUACUGGCGCGUGCGAGGGACAAGCGGGAAAGUGACUCUGAGCGUCUGAAGCGCACGUCGCAGAAGGUGGACACGGCAUUGAAGCAGCUGAGGCAGAUCCGCGAGUAUGAGCAGCGUCUGAAAGGACUGGAGCAGCAGGUCCAGCACUGUAGCCAUGUCUUGGGCUGGGUGGCCGAGGCCCUGAGCCACUCUACGUUGCUUCCCCCAGGGUGGUCCCAGCCCCCAGCCCCGCCUGGGCCCAAAGACUGAAUCCUGUUGGCAGACUUCAAGAAGUAGCCCCCUUGAGGCAUUCUUGCUCCCAGAAUAAGGCUGAGCUGGUCCGGGACCUCUGUAAGAGGUGGCCUUUACCACCUGUAUCACUGUCGGGACCACCGCAGGGCGUCACAUCCCUUGGUGCCACAGAAGGCCCCCGGGCCCUCCCAGAACCAGCCCCACUCCGGGAGGAUCUGCCUCUGGCGUCCACGCACGGCCCAUUGAAGGCCCUGCCGCAGCCCGCUGGGCGGGAGAAGCUCCAGGGUCCUGGGGGUGCAUGGACCACAGAGCCCACUCACGCUCCCCACACUGGGGAAAUAAAGCCACUUGAUUUGA